GAAAGUCGAGUCACUUCCUCCUUCUGCUCUCAGCGAGCCAGCCGAGAACUUUUUAGUCUCUCCUUGUGCUCGCUGGCAUGUUGUCAGCUGCUCGAGGCACAAGUUGCGCCGCUUUAUGUCCGCCGCUGCUUGCUUUUCACUCUCAAGUCUUUCCGGAAGCUUCGAGGAACAUCUGAGUGCCAUUGUGGGGUUUGUUUGUUUUUUUUUUUUCCCCCGGAGGAUCAAUGGCCCCGACCUAACUUUUUCGGAGUCACUGUAAGGAAAAGAGUUCCGCGGAGGUGCGGUUGACUUCCCCCCCAUUUCAACUACGUACAAGAGGGCGAGAGGAAGAUGAAGAAACAAUUCAACCGAAUGAGGCAACUGGCCAACCAAACAGUCGGGAGGGCCGAGAAGACCGAGGUGCUGAGUGAUGACCUCCUCCAGAUCGAGAGGCGCAUGGAGCUGGUGCGCUUGAUGUCACACAACACGCACAAGAGGCUGGUGUCCUGUCUGCAGGGUCAGCUGGGCACAGACACCGAGAAGAGACACAAAAAGCUGCCAUUGACUGCACUGUCUCAGGCCAUGCAAGAGGGCGGCUCUCAGCUGGGCGACGAGAGUCUGAUCGGCAAGAUGAUGGAUGUGUGCGGCGAGGCCGAGAGCAGGUUGGCCAGUGAACUGAUGCAGUAUGAAGUGCAGAUCGAGAGAGACAUUCUGGAUCCUCUCAACACGCUGGCCGAGAUUGAGAUACCCAACAUACUAAAACAGAGGAAGCAACUCGCCAAACUGGUCCUGGACUACGACUCGGCUAAGACAAGGUGGUAUCAAGCCACCAAGUCCAGCAACCAAGCCAUGGCAGCUAAGGUGGACUCCCUCAAGGACGAGAUGGACGAGGCUCUGAACAAAGUCGAAAUCUGUAAAGACCAGUUAUCAGCGGACAUGUACAACUUUGCGUCCAAAGAAGGAGACUACGCACGCUAUUAUCUCAUGUUAUUAGAGGCCCAGGCAGACUACCACAGAAGGUCUCUGGCAGCUCUGGAUGAGGCGAUCCCGAAUAUACAAUUACAGCAAGAGUCGUGGACGGAGAAGCCGGCGUUUGGCACGGCCCUGGAGGAGCACCUGAAGCGGAGUAACCGUGACAUCGCCCUGCCCAUUGAGGCCUGCGUCAUGAUGCUGCUGGAGACGGGGAUGAAGGAAGAGGGUCUUUUCAGAAUAGCAGCGGGAGCUUCCAAACUAAAAAAGUUGAAAGCCGCGCUGGACUGUUCCACUUCCCAGCUUGAAGAGUUCUACUCCGACCCCCACGCCGUCGCCGGAGCCCUGAAGUCGUACCUCAGGGAACUUCCUGAACCUCUCAUGACUUUUGGCCUGUAUGAUGAGUGGACGCAGGCGUCCAAUGUGUCUGACCCUGACAAGCGACUUCAGGCUUUGUGGGUGACAUGUGACCGCUUACCAAAAACUCACAAAGCCAACUUUCGGUACCUGGUGAAGUUUUUGGCCAAGCUGGCUCAAGACCGCGACGUCAACAAAAUGUCUCCCAGCAACAUCGCCAUCGUGCUGGGGCCCAACCUGCUGUGGGCAAAGACGGAGGGGACACUGGCAGAAAUGGCUGCGGCAACAUCGGUCCAUGUGGUCGCCAUCAUUGAGCCGAUCAUCCAGCAUGCUGAUUGGUUCUUUCCUGAAGAGGUGGACUUCAACGUGUCGGGUAUGUUCGCCAUGCCCACCCACCCGGCGACGUUGGCGGACGCCGAACUUGAGAGGAAGCGCCCCGGGAGCCUUGUGGGGCAAGACGGGGACACGCAGCCUCCCCGCAAAGACAGCACCGUUAACAAACAUCCGGAGCCCAACCCUCGUAGAGCCGCCACCACUAUUAGAAAGCAGCCACAGCUAACCUCACCCACCUUCCAAGCGCUACCGCCCAACCAGGAAGGCGGGGGUCCCGUCGGCUUUGAGCCCCAGCCCCAAGCUGCCACGCCGGAGCCCGAGCAUCCGGGCCCGGCUGGCGGUGUGGGCGCUGGGGGCCAGCUAGCCGCCGCGCAACCUCAAUCGGUCUCUCAGCUCGGCGCAGAGGAGAGCAGCCCAGCCCGGGAGCUCACAUCCACACCGCCGCCACAGAGGAAUGGUUCGGCCCAUCUUACCGCGGGAGCGCCUCAGUCGCAAAGUGGAUCCAGGGGGCCCAGUCCUCACAUGGUCCGUAGGGGCACCAAGAAACAGGCACCAGCACCACCCAAACAAGCCAGUCCCUUCGCCUCUCAGUCUGGCAACCAAACUCCAGCUUCCACACAUCACCCGCCCAUCACGCCCAGGCGCCAUCCGAGCAAAGAAAGCCCCAUCCACGCUCCGAGCCACCCGCCCCCUCAGCCGCAGCAGGCGCAGGGAGACCAGUCGCCGCCUGACACUCCGCCUCACGUUUAUUAUUAA